AUGGGACUGCUAUCACUCCCUUUGUUAUAUGGAGCAAAGAUAAAUGAUUUAAUCAUUGCUGGAUAAUGGUGGAGACUGGUCACACCCAUGUUUCUGCACUCUGGGAUUCCUCAUGUAGCCCUUAGCUCCUGGGCUCUGCUUACUUUUGGACCAAAAGUCUGCCGUGACUAUGGACUAAUCACAUUUUGUCUCAUUUACAUUCUCGGAGGAGUCUCUGGUAAUUUCAUGAGCUUUCUGCAUACACCAGAUCCUACAGUUGGAGGAACUGGACCAGCAUUUGCUUUAAUAGGAGCUUGGCUCGUUGACCAAAAUCAGAACAAGGAGAUGAUCAUAUACAAUGAUAUUUCAAUAAGUCAGCAACGACCAUUAGUCCCACGUAACUAAUACCAAUGAUACACACGGAGAACAAUGUCAGGUACAAAUCUAGGAUUAAUGGGAAAUAUACAAUCUUUAAUGGAGACAAAACAUCUAUGAUUCUAACACAAACCGACAAAUUAUACCAGUUUCUAUCAAACAAAUCUGAGCAAGGCGUUUUAAGCACAUUUAACUCAAUGAGACUUAGCAAGCAAUCAGAGAGAAAGAGAGAAUCGGGCUAUACGAUGGGAAUAGACG